AAAUAUUAUCCGCAAAUCUAAUAUGAAAUUUACCGUUGUUGUCACCUUGAUUUUGCUCUUUCCUUGUGUGUUAUGUCAUAUGCCGACAUUGUAUGAAUUUUGUUCACACGUGGUGGCAAACAGCAAUGCGAGUCUCGCCAGAUGUGACUCAAGUCAAUGCCAGGGAAGGCCAGGAAUAAGAGGAAUUGAAGGACCCCGUGGAUUGCAAGGAAUAAAAGGAGAACGGGGUGAACCUGGAACAGCGGAACAUCUAGAAGAAAGGAUAAAGAAGUUGGAAGAUUCUUUCCUGAUGAUUGAAAAGCAGCUUUUGGCGAACAAAAAUCCUGAGAUUUGCUACAUGGGUGUAAAGAAUCGUCACAUCAUUCCUGACUCACAAAUCACAGCUUCAUCAAUUUAUAGUUCCAGUUAUCAAGCUUAUUAUGGAAGAUUGGACAAUGUGGAUCGUUCUGGGGAGAAAUAUGAAGUAUGGGCUGCUAAAAGAAAGGUAAUAGGAGAAUGGCAUCAGGUAGAUUUCAAUGCGCCAAAACCAAUAGGAGGAAUCGUGACACAGGGACGACUAGAUUACGAUCAAUGGGUUCGGUCUUUCAAAAUAUCGUAUGGAAAUUCUACCAGCGCAAUGAUAACAAUACGAGAGAAUGGUUCAGACAAGAUAUUUACUGGAAAUAACGACAGAAACACCAAGGUCACCAACAUGUUUCCGCAUGUAAUAAUAGGCCGAUACAUUCGAGUUUAUCCCCAAACAUGGUAUGCUCACAAUAGCAUGAGAUUGGAAUACAUUGAUGGAAUGUGUCAUGGUUCAUUGUAACUGAUAUGAAAUAAACUUGGCGAUCUAUCAAUAAGAUGUCAUAUCUACAAUAUUAAUGAUUUUACACCAGGUUACAGUAAAUGAGAGUCUGCUGUACGGUGAUGUUAUAGCGACUGUCUUUCGUUGAUUUCAAUUCUUCAGCUUUUUGCUUUGUUCAAUUUUAUCCACAAAUGCAUGCCACGCAAUGUUAAAUUUUUUAAUUUUGUUUUCCAACUCUCAUUAUCCAUAGAGCGCGAAGAUAAAAAAUCCAUUUCCAUCAAUUGUUGGACUGUUCUGCUUUGCUUUGAUCUUCGUGUUAAUAUAUUUGAGCAUCGCUCUCCGUUAAAAGGAAUAAUAGUUUUUAACUUUUUUAAAAUCUGUUCAGAUAAGUGUAUUCGGACACUUUGUAUCAUCAAAUUCAUUUUUGUUUCGCUUACCAAACUAUUCGUAAUGAAAUUAUAAGAUUAAAUUAAAACUUUGGUAACAAGUAUUAAAUUGAUCUUGCUUAGAACAGUUAGUAAAAUAAAACAGCCGACUUUUAUGUAGAACAUUAUUCCAUCCUGUGAAAAUCCUUUAACAGUUCCAGAGCUCUUUGCUGUAUAAUAUUAUGUGAACAAAAAUUAUGUAAUUAGUAAAUCACAAAUCAUAAAUCAACUUGAUGGUAGAAAUCUGCUUUUAAACACGAAUAAUUGUCGUCACAAUAGUUCUAUCAUUUAUUCAUUUUGGCCUUGUAUAUUGCCAUAGUAAUGUGUUUUUGUCCUCGAUGAAUUUUUGCUCAACUGUCAUUCUUUGUCAACUACUUGUUAUUUUUGCUGUUUCAUAAUACAAUUAAGUAACGCUCUGUA